CCAUAUUGGCGUGACUAUCGAUGUAGCUGCCAGCCCUCACACAGCACUGCGUACAGUUGGCCCCAGAACGCGUGCGCAAUGGUGAUGUAUCGCCUGGUUUUCGGUGUUCUUAAACACUCACGGUCAUCACUCGCUCUCUAUCCGAUGAAAGAGACCUGCUCUUUAUCAACGUUUGCUGUACACUCUACUGACACGCCUCCCAAAGCCAGUUUAGUACUCCAGAAUGGCAGCCGGUUCCAGGGUUACUCUUUUGGUUAUGAGAGCCCUACAUCAGGCGAGGUAGUUUUCAACACUGGACUUGUCGGCUAUCCCGAAGCCCUGACUGACCCAAGUUACAGAGGUCAAAUUCUGACACUGACCUACCCUAUCAUCGGCAACUAUGGGGUUCCUGACACAGAAAUACUUGACUGCUAUGGACUUCGUAGAUAUGUAGAGUCUGAGAAUAUCCAAGUGAGUGGUCUGGUUGUCCAGGACUACACUGACCAACACAGUCACUGGAAUGCUGUCAAGUCUUUGUCACAAUGGUUGAAUGAAGAACGCAUCCCUGCCCUGUAUGGCAUCGACACAAGGAUGAUUACAAAGAUGAUCAGAGACGAGGGGACCGUUCUUGGUAAAAUUGAGUUUGAUGGCAGGGAGGUGGAAUUUGAUGAUCCUAAUCUUCGCAAUUUGAUGGCGGAAGUUUCUACAAAGGAUAUACAGAUUUACGGCAAAGGUAAUCCCAUACGCAUCUUGGCUCUGGAUUGUGGUGUGAAGCACAAUAUGUUGAGGAAUCUUGUCAAGAGAGGAGCAGAAGUGCGACUGGUGCCGUGGGACUAUGACUUUACGAACGACGCCUAUGAUGGACUGUUUAUUUCUAACGGCCCCGGUGAUCCGUCUUUGUCUGUGGAGACCAUACAUCAUGUACGAAAGGUUCUUGGAACAAGGUCCGAGCCGGUGUUCGGAAUCUGUAUGGGGAACCAAAUUACAGCACUUGCUGCCGGUGCAAAGUCCUACAAAUUACCUCUUGGCAACAGGGGGCACAACCAACCUGUUGUGAACUCCGUCACCAAUCAGGCUUUCAUUACAUCUCAGAAUCACGGCUUUGCGGUUGACAGUGAGUCUCUUCCAGAGGACUGGGGGGUUCUCUUCGUUAAUGCAAACGAUGGCACAAACGAGGGUGUCAUGCACAAAACCAAACCGAUUUUUACGGCGCAGUUUCACCCUGAGGCGUAUGGAGGACCAACAGACACUGAAUUUCUCUUUGACUACUUCCUGGACCUGAUCAAGACAAAGGAGAAGUCUGUGGUGAAUGUCAUGCCUAGCUCCAAGGCCAGACCACAACCUCCUCAGGUGUCAAAAGUCCUUGUGUUAGGCAGUGGUGGACUGUCAAUUGGACAGGCAGGGGAAUUCGACUACAGCGGUACACAAGCAAUCAAAGCUUUGAAGGAGGAGAACGUGAACACCAUCUUGAUGAACCCCAACAUAGCCUCUGUCCAGACGAACGCUGAAGGAGAGAAGCAAGCGGACUAUGUGUACUUUUUGCCCAUUACUUUCGACUUUGUAAGCGAGGUGAUCAGGAGAGAGAGGCCGGAUGGCAUACUGCUGUCCAUGGGGGGCCAGACUGCCCUCAACUGCGGAGUUGAACUACAUCGUCAAGGAAUUCUGGAUGAAUAUGGUGUUCAAGUUCUCGGUACGCAGAUAGAGAGUGUUGAAGCGACUGAAGACCGUGAGAUAUUUGCUUCUCACCUGAAAAAGAUCAAUGAAAAGCUGGCGCCAAGUCGCGCCGUUAAUAGUGUGAAGGCAGCAUUAGAAGCAGCUGAGGAGAUCGGCUACCCGGUGAUGGUGAGGGCAGCUUAUGCCCUUGGUGGGUUGGGCUCAGGAGUAGCACGUGAUAAAGCCAGCCUAGAGAAGAUAACUACAGCUGCACUUGCUGUCACCAACCAAGUCUUGAUAGAAAAGUCACUAGUUGGAUGGAAGGAAGUUGAGUACGAGGUUGUGAGGGACGCCUUCGACAACUGUGUCACCGUCUGCAACAUGGAAAACCUUGACCCACUAGGCAUACACACAGGUGAUUCCAUUGUUGUUGCCCCAAGUCAGACUUUGUCAAAUGAAGAAUAUCAUAUGCUGCGCGAGACAGCAAUCAAGGUUGUUCGUCACUUUGGCAUUGUUGGAGAGUGCAACAUCCAGUAUGCCCUCCAUCCACAGUCUAUGGAAUACUGCAUCAUCGAGAUCAAUGCAAGAUUGUCAAGAAGUUCGGCUCUCGCGUCUAAAGCAACAGGGUAUCCUCUGGCGUUUAUAGCAACGAAACUUGCUCUUGGCAUUGACCUCCCAAGCCUCCAAAACACUACGACCCAAAUGACCACUGCCUGCUUUGAGCCAAGCCUUGAUUACAUCGUCACGAAGAUACCUCGCUGGGAGAUGGAAAGGUUCCAGCAUAUGUCAAAGGAGAUUGGAAGUGCUAUGAAAAGUGUUGGAGAAGUCAUGGCAAUAGGAAGGACAUUCGAGGAAAGUUUGCAGAAGGCGCUGCGAAUGACACACCCAUCUUGUGUAGGGUUUACAGAGCAGCUGCCUGGCGGCAAACAAUACCCGGCACACUUUGAUAUUGACACAAACUUACAAGAACCUAACAACACAAGGAUUCACACAUUAGCCAAGGCCUUUCAAGCCGGCUACACGGUGGACAGAAUACACUCCCUCACCAACAUAGACAGAUGGUUCCUCAACAAACUCCGUAAGAUUUAUGACGUGGAGAGGCGACUGAAGAAUGUUAACAAGGCAGAUGUGAAUGCAGAGCUCAUGUUAUGUUUAAAACAGACGGGGUUUUCGGACAAACAGAUUGGCAACAUGUUGGGAAUUAAUGAAACGGAGUCCCGCAGCAUGCGACUAUCUAUGUCAGUAAAACCAUGGAUAAAACAGAUAGACACGUUAGCUGCUGAGUAUCCGGCCCAAACCAACUACCUGUACUGUACCUACAAUGGCAUGGAGCAUGACGUAUCCUUCAACGAUCAUGGCGUUAUGGUUCUGGGAUGCGGACCGUAUCAUAUCGGAAGCAGUGUUGAAUUCGACUGGUGUGCCGUUUCCUGCAUCAGAACACUGCGGGACCUCGGAAAGAAAACAGUUGUUGUGAAUCAUAACCCGGAGACUGUCAGCACCGACUUUGAUGAAUGUGACCGUCUCUACUUCGAGGAAUUGUCGUUGGAGAGAGUAUUAGACAUCAACGAACAAGAGCGUUGUGAAGGAGUUGUAGUGUCUGUUGGUGGACAAAUCCCAAACAACCUGGCCCUUCCUCUUCACAAGAGAGGGGUGAGAAUCCUGGGCACAAGCGCACUCAUGAUAGACAACGCUGAAAAUAGACCUGUGUUCUCCGCUAUAUGUGACACUCUUGGUAUCAGACAGCCUGAAUGGAGGUCCCUCACAAAACUGGAUGAAGCUUUAGACUUCGCUGCGACUGUUGGCUACCCCUGUUUGUUGAGGCCCUCCUAUAUCCUUAGUGGCUCAGCGAUGAACGUGGCGUACACACCCGAGGAGUUACAGGGCUACCUGCAGGAAGCAGCGCAGAUUUCUAGUGACUACCCGGUUGUUAUAACGAAAUUCUACAACGGAUCUCGGGAAGUUGAGAUGGAUGCGAUUGCUUCUGAUGGAGCUAUUGUUAGCCACGCUAUAAGUGAACAUGUUGAAAACGCCGGUGUUCACAGUGGUGAUGCGACGCUGAUGCUGCCCACACAAACUAUAAGUGAAGAAGCCCUGGCUGUCAUCCGUGACAUCACAGAAAAAAUUGCCAUGCACUUUUUGAUUUCUGGGCCACUCAAUAUUCAGUUUCUUGUGAAGGACAGUGAUGUAAAGGUCAUUGAGCUGAAUCUGAGAGCAUCUCGUUCAUUUCCAUUUGUUUCUAAGACGAUUGGGACAGAUUUCAUAGAAACAGGGACCAAGGUCAUGCUGAAUAUGCCGAUCAAUCUGGAAACACUACCAACUCUGAGUACCCCGCGGCUACCUACAACGUAUGUAGGAAUAAAAGCACCAAUGUUUUCCUGGCCACGACUGAAAGAUGCUGAUCCUCUACUGAAGUGUGAGAUGUCAUCAACUGGGGAGGUGGCGUGUUUUGGUAGCACCAAGUAUACAGCGUUUCUCAAAGCUCUAAUGUCUGCAGGAUUCCGCGUUCCCAAGGCUGGCAGUGGUGUCUUGCUGGGGAUGCAGAAAUCAUUCCUCCCCCACUUCCUUCCAUUCGGCAAGAGGCUAUCAUUGUUUGGUUACCAGAUGUAUGCAACAGAGAAAACAGCCUCUUACUUGAACACACAUUACAUCCCGACGGAGGUAGUCAACUGGCCGCCCCCAUCACCCAGCAGUACGGACCACCCAACAGCCACACGAUUGAUUGAAAAUGGAGAGAUAGACUUGGUCAUCAACCUUCCUAACCACCACACGACAUAUAACAAAGAGAAUUAUCUCAUCCGGCGUGCUGCCAUUGACCACGCGGUGCCGCUUAUCACCAACUUUGAGGUUGCAAAACUACUGGUUGAAUCUCUGGACUAUGUUGGGAACAUCACGGCCAGCAGUCUGUUUGACUACAGAAAGAAUGAUUCCAAGCCCAUUGAAUAAUUUAUAACAAGACCACGACUAUAAAAUACUACUACACGAACAUUGUUUUCAGUUUGCUGAUGCUAGUAUUUCUCCAACUAAAGGAAUGCACUUAAAUCCUGAAUUUACUUUCAAUUCUGUUUAUCGUAUUCACAACCUUUUCCAGUAUAUUUCUGCGAGUCAUUCUGGGUAUCGGCGUAAUGAAGUAAUCUCCGAGAAUAACUCACAAGCUCACAAUUUACAUCAGAGACUUCAUAUCCGUGAUAUCGUCUUUUUAGCCCCGAAGAAUGUUUGGACAAAUUAUUUGGUGCGGUUGAAUGUCAAGGUCAGUCAUUGUGACAGGAACAAUGAUUUUGUACAUAUUCUCUUUUGUCAAAAUAUGAUUUUGCACCCCUUUCUUUCUGUCGAAAAUUGUUCACGUUGUCCUAUAUCUGUGUUUUAUAUCUUUUUGUGUAAAAUGUGUAUGUGCCCAACACCAUUUGGUCGAAAAAUGCUUACAUAGGAUUUUAAAAAAUCUAGGUAAAGGAUAAUGAUAAUACAUUGUGAAUAAUUUAAAGGUUGUGUCAGAUAUCCAGUGCAAGGUUAUUCACUGAUGCCGUCAUACAACUUGAAUAUUACUAAAUAUUACUAUUCUAAAACCACCAAGAAUCAAAUCAUUUACUUGAGAUGACCAAAAGCGAUUGAAGCUCACGGCCACACAUUAUAGGCUAAAUAUCCAGAAGGCUUAUGGUAAUGUCUUAUUUGGGUAAUUCUGAAAUAUAUUUGACCAAACGUGACACAUCAUUACUACAGUGGAUUAGAAUGUGGCUCGCAUCGUUUCAGUGUCUCUACAUAAAACAUAACACUGUCCUUUUUGUCCCAGUCCGUUCCAGUCAGUAGUAGUACAAAAUAACCAUUGCAUCACCAUGCCGUCUAUCAAGGCACAACGACAUUGCACUAGAAGUGCACACAGCUGUCUUGAGUAGAUAUCUAGGGGCACGGUAAGACGAAAAGUAUGCGUCACACAGAAUGUAAAUCGGCCUAGUGUGUAUGAUCAUUUUAUGUAAGCUUGAGACAUGAGAUCUUCCAGGUUAGGUGUCAACGCGUCCGUAUUAGCUACCUAUGUACGAGAUACAGCUCUCUGAUAUGCCAACAAGUAAUACCACGUCACCCGAGAUGUACUCCAGAGAAUGUUGCCUCAAAUCAUACAUCUACUGCUUCACCUUGUCACUAGUGUCAUUUUCAUGUGACAGACAAUACAUGCACACACAAAGCUACUUUACGGGAUUUACUAUGAUUGCAGAUACAAUAGCUACAAUUUGACUUACAAAUAUGAGGCGUUUGUGGGAAAGCAACUGCUUCAAAUUGUAUCAUGCAAACAUUACUGUUAAAUCCCUUCAUACUGACGUACGAACUUUUUGGUUGAACUAGAUUUUACGGACUGAAGCUGUACAAUAAAAGUUCGGUACAAUAAAAGAAGUUGUUAUCCAUAAGUUUUGUCAAUACUGUAGUUCGACAAGUCCUAUUAACUAUUGUAAUGUUACCAAAAGGUUAAUGUCAGUGAUAUGUUACUAUAAUGUAACCUUUACGAUGAAUUUUGUUGUAUUGACAGGACUCAUUGUUGGCCAUUUUCACACGUUAUACCUUGCAGCCCUUCCCCCUCAUGUAACCUUCCCGCGUGCAUCACAGUUGUAUGAAAGUAGUUGCAUCACGGCACUCGCAAAGUUAACACGUAAUGGCUCACAAACCUGACAGUGAAUUACUUGUGUAUAAUGAGGGAAUCUGGAUUGUGUACAUGUUUAUCUCUUAUGGAAACACACUGCAUCAGGUAUGCACCCAAAGCCUUCCUGUAAUCGGAUAUUCCACCUGGAAUAAAGUAUUUACUUGC